AUGGUCAAUUCUGUUCCGCCAAAUAGCAGUUCGAUCGUACCUGCAAAUAAUCAAAAUUUUGAAAUUUUUUCUCUGAUCUGGCUUGAUCAAGAUGUCGAGAGUCAAUAUAUUCAGAACGCGGAAAACAAAUUACGUUCCAACAUAAAUCUCAUAAAAAAAUUUCUAGAUGUGAAAAAAUGUCAACAAUAUGUGGAAGAUCUAUCACCAGCUGAUCGGGUAGUGAUGAUCGUUAGUGGUGGUUUGGGGCAACAGAUAGUUCCUUCUAUUCAUAAACUUAGACAAGUUAUAUCAAUCUAUGUUUACUGUAUGAAUAAGGAAAGAAACAAAAGAUGGUCAAAAUAUUUUACAAAAGUCAAAGGUGUAAUCAAUGAAGUAGAUGAACUUGUUUCUCAAAUUAACACUGAUCGUCAAAUUCAGAGAAAUCUAGAUGAACCAUUUUCCCACAAUCUUUUCAAUGUAAAUUGUGGCAAUGGUACAUCAACAAGUGAUAUAAAUGGUAAAUUCAUCUUUUCUCAAGUUCUCAUUGAUUGUAUUCUACGAAUAAAAUCGAAUGAAGAAGAU